CCCAAUAUCCAUUCACUCCUCAUUCUCAUUGGGUUUAUAGUUCUGUGUAAUCUGGGGUAUAGGACUAAUCCUGACAGUUAAUCUGGCAGUUAGAUUGCAUGUAGGUAUGCUAGGUGGUGUCAUUUCAUUGCUCCUGGGGGGGGGGUUAUACAUUAUGAAAAUGGUACAUGCUCUCAGGGUUAUUUUUAGGCAAUAAGCUUAUAGAGCAGGGCUGCCCAACUCCAGCCUGGGAUACAUUUUCUGGGUGCACCAUUUAUAAUGCCGGAGAGCUGAUCUUCCUCUUUGCCUUGGGGUGGGGGCAGGUUACAAUGCUGCGCAGGAAGCCCAACUGCCUGGAGCUGAAACUGGAUGACAUUGAGGAGUUUGAGAGCAUCAAAAUGUCACCCUCCUCCCUGCAGGGUCACAAAAAGCAGCGGGAAGAGGUGGAUUUAUCAGUCACAGAAACAGACACGGCUGUUGUGAUCAACAGCGACCCCAAGAGCAGAGAGCAAAACAUUCACAACAGGAUCAGCUACAGGCCGCAGCCCAAACCAAACAGUCACACCACUCAGUUUGGUAACUUUGAGUUCUGA